AUGCCCAGCGUCACCAAAAGCAAGGAGGACGUCAAGCAGCUUCUUCGGUCGCUGGACGAGGCGAUCGCGGCUUGGAAGCCGCUGUUGACUGUGGAGCCGCAAGACGAGCCGUCUCUGAAAUCGUCUCAAGUGACAAACCCUUUGGAGGAACUGAGUAAGCUAGGCCAGUUAAUUCAUGCACACACCACCAAAGUCGGGAUUGUCUACAGGCCUCCCAUCUCCCCAGAAAACUUCCAUGCCUGUUUUGUUGAGGUUGAAAGCGUCACCAGAAGCCUGGUUAUGCUUGUGAGCCUGUGUUCUCAGCUAAUUGCAGAGAAAAAGAAGUACUCGACAUUAUAUAUUCAAAAAGUGCUGGACGAGAUUCACACCUUGCUUGGGACAUUUUCUGUGCUAAGCAACGAGCUCUCAGGGCUGCUGGAUAUACAGGACGGCGAUGCUGACAACACAAGACUGGUUUCAGUGGGGAAAAUAUGGGAGAUCUGCGAUAAUCUCUCGUCUCUGGUCCGUUUGGGAGCGAGCGGAGUGUUGCGCGCCAAGUUCAAGGAGUCCGUCACGCUGCUUGCAGACGGGCUGGAAGAAUACGAGGAAUGGCUGGAAUCUCCAAGCGCGGACAACGGCAACUUCUUCGGGGAGAGCGAGGACGAGGACGAGACAGAGCAGACAGAGGUCGAUGCUGUUCUGGUUUCGUACGGCUCUCAGUGGGUGCAGAAAUUGAAGUUAGUCAAGUUGCUGUUUACGAGUAUGGACAAGAACAUCGGCAAAACACAACACACAGAAAGUAUAUCGUCCAAACUCGACAGAAUGAACUCAGAAAGGCUGGAGAUUGGUCUCCUGGUAGACGAGUUUAUCUCUGCUAUUAUUUACGAUCUGGACCAAACGGCGGCCCAGAAGUAUGCAUCGCAACUAACCAAAGCUUGCAUGUCUCUGACAGAAGUCGUCUCCCAGUUGGAACCCAAAAAGGUGAAAUGGUUUGACACCUGGAAAACGAAAUUCCUGGAAAAUAUAUAA